AUGAUUUCCUUGAGUACUAGAAAGCAAGGUACGCUGGCUAGCGACACUAAGAAUCCAAAGCAACACGGGAAAACACAAUGCAAUGUGGAUUGCAAUGCCAUUUCAACUGAAAGUGUUCCCCACAUUGGAAAUCCUAUUGUGAAAGCUAAUAAAACGGAUGAUGAGGGGAUUUCAUGGCACGAUAAGAACAAAAGCAUGAAAUUUGGGAGUGGAGAAGCAAGACCCACCACUGUCACUUUGCAACUGGUUUAUGGAUCCACCAUGCAUCUUAGUGGAAUUGUUGAGAAUGUGAUGAUUCAAGUGGACAAGUUUAUUUUUCCAAUAUAUUUCAUCAAUUUGGAUUUUGAAGCCUACAAGGAUGUUUCCAUCAUACUUGGUCAACCUUUCCUUGUCAUCGACCGUCCGUUGAUUGAUGUUGAAAAUGGGGAAAUUACUAUGCAUUUGAAUGAUGAACUCAUUAGGUUAUUGUCUUGA